AUGCAGCUGACGACAGUGUUUUCUUCUCUUGUUGUCUUGGGAGGGUUGGCGGUAGCAGCCCCUGUUGAUGUGCCCGAUGAGGAGCCUUGUGUGGACGGGAUCAUCUGCUUUGACGCCCUGAAUGCUUGUGGUGUCAAAUACGGCGGCUGCUACAACGUCUGCAAGGCCGACCAGAAGCCCAAGCCGCCCGCUUGCCCGGCCACCUCCACUGUUGUCACAACCAAGGUGGUCCAGUUGACUCCCUCUGCUACCACCAAGAAGACAACCAGCACAACUUCCAAGCGCACCUUGACGACCUCCACCAGGAAGGCGACUACCACCACCAAGAAGACCACCACCACUGCCAAGGCUACCACCACUUCCAAGAAGCCCACCUCCACCUCCAAGAAGCCUACCACUACUCCUAAGCCGACCACUACCCCCAAGCCCGUGACGACCAAGAUCCCGACAUCCACUGCCAAGCCCUCGACUUGCAACGGGAGCGGAAUGACGGUUUGUGCUGAUUACAUCAAUGAGUGUGGGAUGAUGUAUGGCGGAUGCUUCCCUGACUGCAAGCCGUGGCCUACAUUCACUGCUCCUCCUUGCAGGCCGCCGGUCAGCACGAGCAUCAGGCUUGUGCCGGUGCCGAUUCCUACGUAUCCUGUUAUCACUGUCAGGCCUCAGGCAUAGAGAACA